UCAUUUCUCUCCGUUUAUUUUUUGAAGGCGCGUGGAAAGAAGACGACGCCGACGACGACGCGGAGCGACACCCUAGCCCUAGCCUAGCCGUAACCCUAGCCCUAACCCUUAUUUCUCGAUCGUUCUAAUGGCGACGUUCGCGGAGGCGCCCCCCGGGAAUCCAAAGGCCGGGGAGAAGAUCUUCAAGACCAAAUGCGCGCAGUGCCACACCGUGGAGAAGGGAGCCGGGCACAAGCAAGGACCAAAUCUGAAUGGACUUUUUGGGAGGCAAUCUGGUACCACCCCUGGUUAUUCCUACUCCACAGCAAAUAAGAACAUGGCCGUGAUUUGGGAGGAGAAUACUUUGUACGAGUACUUGCUUAAUCCCAAGAAGUACAUUCCUGGCACGAAGAUGGUAUUCCCUGGUCUAAAGAAGCCCCAGGAGCGUGCAGAUCUCAUUGCAUAUCUGAAAGAAGCCACAAAACCCUAAACCCCUUCAUCCCACUGCACAUUUGAGAUGUUCUUCUCUUUUUCUUUUUUUCUUCUUUUCUUCUUUUUUAAGGCCAAAUAAGACCUUUUGAGGAUCCCUCUGCUUGUAGCAAGCAGUGGAGCCUUGAGAAACAAUUUCAUUUUCUUUCUUUUUGUUGCAACGCACGGUUUGAUUGGUAGCACUUCCUUGAGAUCGUCUUCAUUUGUGGUGGUGAACUUUGGUAUACUACGGAAAUUUUGAUAUCCAAUGACAUAUAAAUUUACAACUCUUGAUGUCUAUUUCCAGAAGAUUGUAUAAACAGUUGUGCUAUUUGAAGCUGCA